UGGCUCCUUUCUUGCUUUAAAAGAAAAUGGCGGAUGACGGCGUGUGUUUGUAGCAAACAAAACAGGGCUCUUAAAUCCGUCUAAAUUAAUAUAUUUUAAAAGAAAAGAUAUGGGGAAACACAAAAGCAAGAAGCACCAUAAGAARUAUGCCGACGGUGAAGAGAGAUCUCACAAAUCAAGGUCUCUGGAGUCAUCCGAGAAGCCACUUAAACUUGUGCUCAAAGUUGGUGGAGGGAAAGAAACCAUUGUAAGCAAAGAGAAAAAGAGGCACCAUGAGUCCAAAUCCACUGGCAGCUCUGAUAAACAUAAGAUCAAAGAUCACUCCAAGAAGAAGAAGAAGAAGCGAUCUGCCUCUAAAGAAAGAAAGAAACAUAAGUUGGAUCCAGGAUCAAGUGCAUGUCCAUCCCCAUCAGUUUCAAUGUCUAGUCAUGACAAGUCCAAAAAGAAACGAGACAGGUUUGAAAUGGAAGGAGAWGAUGCCAGUGCCGACAUGGAAAGACCAAUAAAAAAGAUACAUAUCAAACCUAUUGAACCACCCCCAAGGAUAAGUCCAGUAGUUAAACAAAAAGUUAAGAAAUCUAAAGAUCCAUCAGCAUUACAACUUUGCCUUGAAAAUCUUCAUCGAACCCUACAAAGGAAAGACGUGCAAGGAUUCUUUGCAUUUCCUGUCAAUGAUGCUAUAGCUCCAGGGUAUUCUAGAGUCAUUGAGAAUCCCAUGGACUUCAGUACCAUAAAGAACAAGAUUGAUAACUGUCAGUAUGCCUCCAUUGAAGCCUUUAGGGAUGAUUUCUAUCUGAUGUGCAAUAAUGCUACAAUCUACAAUGCACCAGACACUAUUUACUACAAAGCAGCAAAGAGACUUCUUCAGAUUGGUGUAAAGAUGAUGACCCAGGAUAAGAUUAGGAAUAUUUAUCGUAGUAUUGGAAUGCGAGUGUCUGAUAUGGACAGCAGUGUACUUUCUGAYGAGCCUAUUGAUGUGGAUACCAUUGAUAAUGACGCUGUGGUUAUCUUGCCUCACACUACCAAGAAGAAGUCUAAGUCAAGCAAGAGUGACACAAGACCGUCUGUAGUGGGGAGGAGAAUCCUUGCUCAGGUCCAAAARGCUGCUAAGAGAAUGUCAAAAGAAUUGAAAGAAAAACAUCCAAACAGCAAGAUUGGUUUCUUGCGUCGAGACAAAGAUGGAACAACGUCCUUAGCAAUCGUAAAUCCUGACACUGGGAAAGAAUCAUUACCCGUCAAUGUCGGCUCUCUCGUUGGGAAAGUCUCUUCAGGGUCGCACGUUACUACAGGGUUUAAAGAAGACAAGAAGAACAAGGCAAUACCAGUGUCGUAUCUCAUGUAUGGACCUUACUAUUUCAUGUCGUGUUUAACAGUGUCGUAUCUCAUGUAUGGACCUUACUCUUUCAUGUCGUGUUUAACAGUGUCGUAUCUCAUGUAUGGACCUUACUCUUUCAUGUCGUGUUUAACAGUGUCGUAUCUCAUAGGUGAGGGACAAUACAGAUGGACGUGUUAUAAAAACAGACAGGUCAGAAAGACAGACAGACAAGUAGAUAGACAGGACAGACAGACAGAGGUACACUAUGCUCAGAGCAUUCAGGAAUUUGUUAAAGAUACUUCAUCGUUUGCGCAUGGGGUGGUGGAUAAACUGCUGGAUGUUCUGACUGAUGGCGCACAUUCCAAAUACGUCGCAAAAGUCAAAGAGAAAGCGAAUCUUCUGGAAGAAGCCAAAGUAGAGGAGAGAAAGGAUGCCGAGGCUGUCUCCAAGACUUCAGAAAAACAGGACCAAGAAAUGAAAACAGAAGCGGAAAAAACAACCGAAAAACAAGAAGCAGAGAAAAAGGAUUGCUCUAAAACUGCCACUAGCGAUACAAACAUCGACCUGAAGUCAUUACUAUCUCUUUCUGARCUUGGCAUAGAUGUAUCUUUCCUGAAGGACGCAAUGGUUCAAAUUUAGUCGACCAACUCAAUUCGACCGGUCGCUUAUUGGAAGAUCUCCAAGAAGCUCAACAUUCUAGACUCUCCUCACGCCCUGGCGAUCCAUUGUCGGCAACUCCCGAAGCCGCUACGAAGCCAUCCGAAAAAGAAAAGCUUUUAGCCGAGCAGCUGACGGAUACUCUCCGAGAGUUAACGUCGCAAGUAGGUCCUGGUGCCGUUGCGGAAGUUGAGAGUAUAAGAGCUGCUAUGGGUGUGGGGACUGUACCUCUUACGUCAAAGGAGGAGAAUAACGUGAACAAAGAUGGCACGUCAGUGGAUAAAGAUUCUCGUGGAUCAGGUGACACUCCAAAACCUAUGGAAGUAUAAACAACUCCAGGGGUUUUCAAGGGUAUUGUAUUCCUACAUCAAGGCAUACGGAGUCAAAAAAAACCCCAACCCACCCAGCCCUUGUCAUACAUUUAACAGUAAAAGCUUCUCCCUUACCCUUCAUACUACAGAAAAAUUAUUUCUUUAUUUGGCUUAUAGCCUGCGUAGCCGCGCUCCCCAGUCCCUCCUCCCCAUCACCUCCCCUCCCCCCUCCCCCUCCCCAAAGCGCCGCUAUGCAGGCUAUUUGGCUUACCCCACACUUCCUCCAACAAUCAAAAGAUAUGUUAUACAUAUCCCUGGCCCUACCCCCCUCCACCUUAUGCCACACCCACACCUCGCGAUACUGAGGAGCUUYAAUUACAUCUAUGUUAUACAGUUUUAUCUGGUAGACAUCAUUAUUUCUUUUUAUAUGACAACUGAUUAUUUAUUCAAUAUUUUAUCUUAACUGUAUGUAAAGUCACUGCUGUCAUUUAUCUUAAAUUUCUAAACAUUGUACAAUGAUUGUCRAUUUUAGAGAUGAGGCAACAUAAACCACAGGCAACCCAAUCAGUCGAAAUGCCAGGUUAAUCUUUAAAAAAGAUUUUUUAUAGACCUUAUAUUGAAACGACAGUACGAGAUAAGUUUAACAUUUAUAAAAAGCACGCGAAACGUCGCGAACGUGA